AGUGUUGUGUUUGUCGAAAUAUCAAAUGUAACGUUCAGCUCGUCAAAAUCAUUAAAUCGCACUAAAUUUUAUAAGUAAAUAGUAGUUAUUUAUGGGGAUCAUGUCAUUCAGUUCCGAAAUUGAGGAUGAUAACAAAACCUUGGAAGCAUCAUUUAUAGGCGACUCAUUCCAUCCUUAUACCUCUAAAUUCAAUAGAUUUUACAACGACAAUGUCCCUGUAUCCGCCCCAAGCGAUUAUAAAAUGGCCUAUGCUCCCACCAUGGAGUCUCAAAUACGCAAACUGAGAUUAUCGAUGGAGGAGUAUAGGGAGUUAAUUCUCAGUGCAAACAGCGUUUUAUUGUGGGAGAAACAAUGGUAUCCCACCGCUAUCCUAACAGCUUGUACCGUACUAUUCACUCUAUUGUGGCUGAGCGACCCGACGGUGUUGACCGUUUUUUCAACCAUCGGUUUGCUGAUCACCAUCGGAGAUUACAUUCUACCCACGUUGAUUGCUUCGUUGUACAAAAGCGACAACUGGACGGCGGAUAAGCAGAGCGAGUACGAAGAGAUUUGUACCAAUAUCGUUCUCUACAAAACGAAAUUCGAACUACUAGUCACGUCCUACUGCAGAAUGAGAAUCACCAAUUCGAAAACAUACUUUGGUAUUACGAUUGCGGGGCUGUUUGCGCUGGCCUGGUUGGGAAACGCGGUGAACAACCUGCUAUUGUCGUACCUGUUCGUGGUGAUGGUGCUGCUGUUGCCCGGUACGAUUUACAACGGCUUCCUGCAGAAGGGCACCGAGAUUUUGUCGAAGAUUUUUAGCGACUUGGUGGAGAACGCUAAAUCGAAAGUUGGACAGAAAAAGCUUGAUUAAACGUUUUUCUUCCACCACUAGUUUUGAAUUUGAUUUUGAUUUAUGUUUAGUUGCGACGCUUUAACGUUGUAGUUUUUAAUGUUUAACGGUAGAGCGAGAUCGGUAAGGGAUGUUCCUGCGGUUUGGAAUUGGUUGGUAAAUAAUUGCAUAUCCGUUUUGUGUAUAUUUAUUUUUUUAAGUUAAAGCGUUGUGUUUUUUUUAUUAUUUAGCGUUUCGUUUUUAAAUAAAUUGGCGUAAUUUUUUUUUGAGGAUUUGCUCAAAAAUCGAUUGUAUUUUUAUUGAGUUAAGUUUUACUUUUUAAAUCUCCAGAGUGAUAUUUAGACUGAUGUUACCAAGUAGUUUUAUAUUCAAUAAAUUAAUUUUCUAAUUGUU